GCGGGACAUAUGCAAAUUAAUAUCCAGCCAGUGCCCUAUAGGGAAGCGCAUAGCAAAGGGGGCGUGUGCUGGAGAGGCAGCAGGUUCCCACUGACGCGCUUCCUACAAACUCCAGCGUUAGUGCAGUAUAAGUGUUACCCAUGUGCUGCGCUGGGAGCAGGAGCAGCCGCCGCUCAACUUCAGUCCGACAGCUCAGACUCACUAGUACUCCUCAUCAUCAUCAUCAUCUUCCUCCUCCUCACAUCACUGGCAGCAACAUUUACAUUGACUUGUGGAUUAUAAUGUGAUUGAUGGGCUCCAUACAGACUCCCAUUGUGCCUGUUACUUUGCCUGAGUCCUCACUGGGCAGAGAUCCCUCCUGAAGCUUCUCUCCAAGCGAUUGGCUGCCACUUGACUGGGGCACGUGUGAUCUUUCCCCUCCUGUAGGGGGCAGUGUGGAGGUUUUGGGGAUGUGCCCUGACAGGGAGCAGCAGAGGAGCUGCCAGGGAGCAGUGAUGGCCAGGAAUGACACUCUCUAGUGGUACCCACAAAGCAUACACUCGAUAUCUGUGCGGCUGUGGGUUAGUAGAGGAGGGGUCGGCGACCUCUUGCCCUCCAGUCCAGAUGCCCGUGGCUCCAGAGCAGCAGUAGUAGUGGAGAUGAUGACAGCCAGCCCGGCGUACAUAGCAGUGGAGGUGAUCAUAGCCGUACUGUCCAUCGCGGGGAACGUGCUGGUGUGUUGGGCAGUGGCCAUUAACAGCACUCUCAAAAAUGCCACCAACUAUUUCCUGGUGUCCCUGGCAGUGGCUGAUAUAGCCGUGGGGCUACUGGCCAUUCCCUUCGCCAUCACGAUCAGCAUAGGGCUAGAGACCGACUUUCACAGCUGCCUCUUCUUUGCCUGCUUUGUGCUGGUUCUGACCCAAAGCUCCAUCUUCAGUCUCUUGGCCGUGGCCAUUGACAGGUACCUGGCUAUCAAGAUCCCGCUCAGGUACAAAAGUCUGGUAACUGGGAAGCGAGCAAGAACUAUUAUUGCCGUCUUCUGGAUCUUAUCAUUUGUAAUUGGCUUGAUACCUCUUAUGGGCUGGAACCGAUUGGAUGAAAACUGUCAUGAACCAGGCACUAGCUAUAACUGCACUGUUAAGUGCUUAUUUGAGAAAGUGGUGACCAUGAGCUACAUGGUAUACUUCAAUUUUUUCGGCUGUGUACUUCUGCCUCUCCUGAUCAUGCUGGGGAUCUAUAUCAAAAUCUUCAUGGUUGCCCGUAAGCAGCUCAGACAAAUUGAACUGAAGUGCGUCGGGUCAGACAGCUCACGGACUACCCUCCAAAAGGAAAUCAAUGCUGCCAAAUCACUGGCCAUCAUCGUUGGUCUAUUUGCCUUUUGCUGGCUUCCCAUCCACAUUCUAAACUGCAUUACACUGUUUGAGCCAGAUUUUUACAAGACAAAGCCAGAGUGGGUUAUGUACAUGGCGAUCAUCCUGUCCCAUGCCAACUCCGUCGUCAAUCCCAUUAUAUACGCUUAUAAAAUUAGAGACUUCCGCUACACGUUCCGGAAGAUUCUUUCAAAGUACAUUGUCUGCAGGAAGGACAACUUUUCCAAGUGCCCCAAUGGCACCAUUAGCCAUAACAGACAGUUGCAAAUCAGCAGUGUAAGUGCUGGAGACGCCAUCAUGUGAUCAUUUUUCUAGUGCUUCGUUCAUCCUACUGGGUAUGGCUUUUGCAGUAAUGAUGAUGAUGAUGUGCUUUUAUGGGCAUAUCUUACAUUUCUUACUGGGACCACUGUGGAUUUAACAUUGAAUCAUUUUUGCUGCUGCACUUUGUUCUUUUGAGACACUGCCUUGCCAGCAGUUUUGUCGCAAGGUGUACUGACAACCUUGGCAUUCCUUUUUCUGGACAAUAAGAUUUAGUUCAUAACAGCCUUUUGACAAUACCUUCUCAUGUGUAGCUUCUCAGAAUAUUAAACUCAGGAGAUGGAACAAGUAGUACAUAUAAAUAACGGACCAACUCAUGGCUGAACUAGGAAGGAUUCCAUCAUUAUGUUCUUCAACUAGCGAUGCAAAUUACUACAGAGCUCAUUUAAGUUACCUCUACCUUUAAUGGCCAGUAAUGCUUCUAAACAGGUUAAUCUUAUAUGGAAGAACAAAUCAUAACACUACUACUCUGCUAUACAUUAACUAGAGUUGAUAAAGUGCUAAGAAUAGGCCAAUGGGCUUUGCACAGUUUGAUGUGUUUGACUUCUCUCACUUUAAUGAAACGCUUGACUCCGAUUGCUAUAUUUAAAACGUUGAUAAAGACUUAUUUGAGAGCCAGUAGACCAGGUUGUAAGUCUCUCAUAGCAGUCAUACCGAGGCUGAGCUGAUUUAGAGGGACGCCAUGCAUAAGUCAUGACAUGGAACAUACCAGAUAGUGAAGAUACAACUGGUGGUAGUGGUUAGAGCCAGUGGAAGGGGUCAAUGAGUACCUCAGUCUCAAACAAGCUAAGAUGGGCUUCAAAAAAUAAAAUGACCUUGUAUAAAGUGCACAUAACAUAUAACAUUAAUUGAUAGAUAUCUUUAGUCCUUACACGAGUAAUGUCUAAUCUGCAACUUUUGUAUGGCAGCAGGUUGCUUGUACUUUACAGGCUGCAGGGUGAUUGAUACGUAAACCUAAACAAUGAUUAUUCAUAUUGAAACCCCUUCUUGUGCAACACCAACCCUUAAAAAGCUUGUUAGGUCUAGUAACCAAUAGGAAGAUCGGACGUUUGCUUGAUAAAUGCCACAUGAUGGUCAGUUGCUAUGGGUUACUAGACAUGCAGCAAGAGUUGCAGAUUUUAUAGCAUUUCCUAAGAGAAUUAUUACUCCUUCUGCCCGGCCGAACCUGAAUCCUAAUUUGCAUAUGGAAAUUAGGUAUGGGGAGGGAAAUCCCGUGACUUUUUGUCUCAAAACAAGGAAGUA